UGCCAGGGAUGGGACUGCUCCCUUUCUCAGCCUCAUUCAUUCAAGUCAGAUCCAGGCGACCAGCAGCUGUCCAGAGUGAGCUGUUGCCUCUCUGUUUGCAGCAGCAGAGACCUGGGUUCAUUCCGGCUUCUUCCCCCAGGUCGGGUGCGGUGGGACCAGGGAGCUGUCAGGCAGCCGGAUGCAGACUAGCCUGGACAUAUGGAUGUCUAAACUGGCCAGAAUUUCUCCAGCAUUCUUUGAUGGGACUCCUGUUUUAACCUAAAGAGUUGGAAGAUGUCUUCCAUGUUUGGCAAACCUCGGGCUGUCCCCUGGGCGAACGAGCGCCACCUCCCGAGCCUUCUGCAGGAGUGUAAUGUGGCCAUCCUGGGCUGCCAAGGAUCUGGGAAAUCAGCACUGACAGUGAAGUUUCUUACCAAGAGGUUUAUAAGUGAAUACGACCCUAAUCUGGAAGACACUUAUGCUUCGGAAGAGGUAGUAGACCAACAGCCUGUCUUGCUCAAGGUGAUGGAUACAGCCGAUCAGGACACACCAGUGGGCUGUGAGAGGUACCUGAACUGGGCCAAUGCCUUUCUAGUCGUCUACAGCAUUGACAACCGAAAGAGCUUUGAAGGAUGCCAGCAGUACCUGGAUCUCAUUGUUCUCCACUUGAAGAACACGUUCCAUGAAUCUCCAGUUCUCCUGGUCGGGAACAAGCUGGAUAUGGAACAGUACAGGCAAGUCGCCAAAGCCGAGGGGAUGUCUCUUGCCACCAAGUAUGGCUGCUCCUUCCAUGAAGUCUCAGCGUGUCUGGAUUUUGAAUCUGUGCAGCACAUUUUCCAUGAGGCGGUGCGUGAAGUGAGGCGGGAGGUGGAGAGACCUCUGGCAGUCAGGCCCUUGUUCAUCAUCGAGGAGAAGCCCUCGGCCCACCUGGUCCCAACCGCCACCAUUGCCUCCACUUACAACUCGCUCUCAACUGUCAACUAUAAAGAGGUCCCAUCAGUUGCCCGGGCCAAGCUGGUCACGGUCAAAUCAUCAAGAGCUCAAAGCAAAAGGAAGGCUCCAGCACUGACUUUACUGAAGGGUUUUAAGAUAUUCUAAGCGAUGAUUCUGCGGGAUGGCUACAAGGCAGAAGAGGGAACACAGCCGUUGCUGGGAUGGGUUGAAUCCCCCAAGCGAUUUUGGGGCCAUUUUGAAUGUCCAUCUCCUGGCCUUUCCUGCAGUCCAAGUGGUCUGGUGGGAAUGCAGCAAAGCAUUUCGGGGAAGGACCGGAGAAUCAGACAGUGGACAAACUAUGGGUGAGGACACCAUGUGGGGAAGGUGGUUUUAGACUUUUUUCUCAGUCAUAAACAUGUGGAGGGCUCUGCCAUAUUUAGUUUGAGCAACUGAUGAAAGAGGCCCAUGGAAGGAGAUUGCUCUUAAGGUCAUUCCUGGGGACUGAAUGGAGAUUUCAGAAGCCAGCCAAAGAAAGGGUUCUACCAUGAAAGAGAAGGCAUUCACACCCACCCCAUGGCCUCCAUGUCAUUAAAUGAUUAAGAAAACCAUGCGCCACGUAAUGAUUUCACUAACACUCUUUUCUCAACUGAAAGAAUUUCUAGAUUAAAUUCUCUUUCAUCAGUAAAAGAGAGCUGGUUGGAAAAAACAAAACAAAAGACAGGAGAAUUGUUCAACCAGUGGAAGAAAUAACGCAGCAUACUGGCGCAUAUGUUUUCCUCCCAUGUUUUGAUGAGCACUUUGUAAAAUUAAAAUUUAAAAGGACAAAGUUGAGGGGAAAGGAAAUGGACAAGGCUGCAAGAGACAGAAGCACAAGGAAGCCCACCAAUGUCUCUGGGAAUGUGACUGUGAGUGCAUGAUGGAGGGAUGUUGGGUUUUGUGAUGCUUCCCCUGCAGCGCCAAAAUGUAGAUUGUGAAGAUGCACAGCGCCCCCUAGUGUUCCUGGACAGAUAAUGAAACAUUUUCAGUCAUUUGUCCUUUUUGCUAGAAUCCUGAUCUACUCCAAGAAACUGCAUUGGAUCACAAUCUGUGGCUUGGCAUUGGGGUUCCUGAUAUGGUGCCCCUGGGCACUAAUUUGCACAAAUACUGUCUUGAGCAGACCAGGCUCUAUUACCCCUGCCAACCUAAGACAUUCCCUCCAAACUCCGAAUCUACUCACUGACCCCCAACUGCCAAGGAUUAUUACUUUUGUGAUAUAUGUCAACCAGGCCCUGGCUAAUUGCACAAACCCUAGCUAAAAUGAAUGUUCAUGUCUGAACUCCACCAGUGUCAUAAAUACAAAAUGACAGUACAAAAUCAUGCAAGGUAGGAAAGCAAGACAGCCGCUCAAAAUUGGGAAGAUGGCAGGUGUGGCGUUGCAAUAAAGCCUGACUCCUUGGGGGCGGGGUGUGUGCGAUGCAGUGCAAAAGAGGCAGUAUCAUGCGGCAUCUUGCAGAUUUUAGUUAUUAGUUAUUUCCCCAGCACUCCAGUCAACAUGUUGCUGUGCAUCAGAGGAAAGACAAAGGAUCUCUGUGGCUUUCACUAGUAAGAUUGGCAUUAUACUAUAUGGAGAUUGAUCUAUAGAUCUAGCAGCACGAUAAUCCUUUUAAAAAGCCUUUUUAAUGGGCUUUGGCUUGGACUGGUAGCGAAAAUAUUAACCUAGUUUCUUUGGAAGUCACAAUGCUGCUCAAACAUCUGCUUGACUGCUCCUUAGAGAAGAAAAAACUAAAACCGUACUUGCCUGAUCUACUUCACUCCUUAUUUUAGGGGAGAUUACAAUUAGCCAAUAUAAACUCAGCCAUGGGGCCGAUAUGGUCUCAUAAAACAUGGGCUUCCCCCUUUUUACCUUUCCUUUUUUAAAAUAUAUGAAGCAGCCAACUCCAGCCAGGACAAUUGUUCCAGAGAAUUCAGAGGGUUGAAGUCGAGACAUCUGGAGGACAUCUGGGCUGGGUGCCAAAAAUUGUCCAAAGCUCUCUAAAUUGUCUGUCCCCCCUCCCCCCAACUUUUCCUUGUUUCAAAAUUUGGAGGUUCCCAAUUGUCUCAAAUUAUUACCCACUAUAAUGCAGCUAAUAUUGGCAUAAUAUAACCACCAAGGAUGUCUGCAGGAAAGAUUCCAAAAAGUCAAGAUGGCAGCUGUGACUGCAGGUAAAAAAGGGUGGAAUUCGAUCAUGCUGUCGUGGCAGUCAUCUUGACUUUUUUGCUCCCCCCCAAGUCUCAUGCUGACACCCCUGUUAACCAAAAACUUAAAGUGUUAAGGAGGCAAAUAUAGCACUUUCAUUAUUUAAAACUCCUUCUUGGGGGGAAAAAAUCCACUUUGCUUUAUCUUUCCUUUUUUGUUGGUGGUGGUGUGGAAAAGAGGCAAAUUGGGAUGGAAGUAGAGGCAACUUCCUGCUCUUUCUCAUGUUACAGUUCUGGUUAAGAGAUGAUCUUCUGAUACAGCAUCACGACUGCAUUCAGCUGCAGUGGAAAAUUCUUCAAUAAAUGGGGUGAUCCAA